CUUCCCCUCCCCACGCUAUCCACGACGUAUCUCUCUCGAUUUUGAUCCCCAGAUUGGCGAUGAAGAGGUUGAUCAGACGGCUGUCGAGGGUGGCGGACUCGACGCAGUACAAGCCGCUGAGGGCGGGCAAGGAGGAAGGUGGAGGCGAAGGAGGCCGGCGGGGGAGGGUGCCGAAGGGGCACUUGCCGGUGUACGUGGGGGAGGAGAUGGAGCGGUUCGUGGUCCGGGCGGAGCUGCUGGGACGGCCGGCCUUCGUCGAGCUCCUCCGCCGGUCCGCCCAGGAGUACGGCUACGACCAGCGCGGCGUCCUCCGCAUCCCCUGCCCCGUUCCCCUCUUCCGCCAGGUCCUCUACUUUCUCACCUCCGGCGCCGGUGCCGCCGGCGAUCUCGCCGUCGAGGAGCUCUUCCGCUCGCUCCCGGACGGGAUCCCGUCCGUCCCCCCUUCGUGAGGAGAAGCGCCUGUUUCCCAUUUUGCCCUUCCUAGACCGGUGUACCGUGUACGUUUUAACUCUGUCUGAGGUAAAUGAGGUGGAGGGCGAUCUGGAGAUUUUAUUUUACUCUUUCUUUUUCUUUUUGGAAUAUUAUUAGGUAGGCAGGGGUGGAUUUGGCGGAAUGGAAGCUGGAUUAGGCCGUGGACUUAUUAGUGUAAAAAAAGAGAUUAAAUCGCCCUUUCUUUUAACUUUUAAUGUUAAGAUUUGCGCUGCUAAUGUCACAUUUUUCAUAUAUUUAGCAGAUUUUGGGUGG